AUGUCAAAGUGCAAAAUGAACCACACUUGGACAUAUAACUUGAGCUUUGGUGAACCUACCGAUUCUGUUGAGCCAAGAGCUGGACUCUCACGAAAUGGGCAUACAGUAGUGGCUGUUUUCCUUGGAUUUAUCUUGGUUUUUGGUUUCUUGAACAACUUGAUUGUCCUCAUCCUCUUCUGCAAAUUUAAAACCCUCCGUAACCCAGUCAACAUGCUUCUCCUGAACAUCAGUAUCAGUGACAUGUUAGUGUGCAUCUCAGGCACUACACUCAGUUUUGCAUCUAACAUCCAUGGCAAAUGGAUUGGAGGGGAGCAUGGUUGUAGGUGGUAUGGCUUUGUCAAUUCAUGCUUUGGCAUUGUAUCCCUGAUCUCCCUGGCUGUCCUGUCUUAUGAACGCUACAGCACUCUCACUCUGUGCAACAAACACAGCGCUGACUACCAGAAGGCACUGCUGGCAGUUGGUGGUUCAUGGAUCUAUUCCCUGAUCUGGACUCUGCCACCUCUCCUCGGCUGGAGCAGCUAUGGGGUAGAAGGUGCAGGUACAAGCUGUUCGGUGCGCUGGUCCUCAGAGUCAGCUGAGUCUACAUCCUACAUCAUCUGUCUUUUCAUAUUCUGCUUGGUCAUCCCUGUGAUAGUCAUGAUGUACUACUAUGGUCGCCUCCUUUAUGCUGUUAAACAGGUUGGAAAAAUCCACAAGAAUGCUGCCCGCAAAAGAGAAUACCACGUACUCUUCAUGGUGAUCACUACGGUUAUCUGUUAUCUUGUGUGCUGGAUACCCUAUGGAGUUAUAGCAUUACUUGCAACAUUUGGUAAGCCAGGUGUGGUGACCCCAGUUGCAAGCAUCAUACCUUCCAUCCUAGCAAAAAGCAGCACUGUUUGCAAUCCCAUUAUCUACAUACUUAUGAAUAAACAGUUUUACAAAUGCUUUCGUCAGCUUUUCCACUGCCAGCCUCCUUUGUCCACUGAUGGAGAGCCCACCUGCCCUUCCAAGGUAACCAUUAUCCAGCUGAAUCAGAGAAUGGACGGUGGAAAUGUGUGCAAUAAUGAACCACAUCUGGAAACAGACAGUAAAAGGACUUCUCUCCUGCAGCCAGAGCCAAGCCUGGAGUCAGUUUCAAAAGCUGUACCAGCAAUGUCUUAG